AUGUUGCCGGCAUUUGGCCGUGCCUCGCCCUGGCUUUAUCUUCUAUUGUCCCUUCUAGUGGACCUCCCUUCAGCACAAAGUAUAAAUUUGAUUAAUUCAACUCAUCUCGUUAUCUUAUCCUUCUUAACCUAAGUCUUCUUUAGGAUCCAAUCCUUGUAACGAUUACUCUCUCCAUGACUGUGAUCCCCUCGCAGAAUGCUACAGUGAACAGCCCGGCUUCUUCCAAUGUCGCUGUCCCAAGGGAUUUGUGGAUUUAUCAACGGAUAAGAGAAAUCCCGGUCGGAAAUGUGUGCGCGGUGAGUUUUUUUGUAUGUUCUUCUUUUUAAUGCCUUUUUUGGAGUUAUUGUGGCUAAUUACGGUAGCCGGGAGAAUGAAUGGGUUUUGCAAUUCGAGGGGCAUUCAAACUUUUUAUGAUUUAUAUUUUUUUUAAUUUAAUUUUUUUAUUUUACAUUGGAGAAUUACGAGGAUAUUUAACUAGGUCAGACAUUAGGGGUACAGUAAUCGGGAGUCGUUUUGUGCUAAGGAAGGCUUAAUGUGAUUCUGACAUAUUGUCCCUACCUGGGGAUUGAUGGUUUUAUUUGUACCCUCUGAUUCAUUCGAAUUGAGAUCAGAUGACUCAGCUGAAUUACCUGGUUGUUUUGACCGUGGGAUGUUCGGCCUUGUCUUUCUGGAAGAUGGGCUUUUUGUUUCUACUAGACGACAUGCAAACGAAGCAGCAUGACACAAUCGCUGAUUUCAAGGUUAAAUCCACCUUCUUCCCCUUUUACCGACCGAAUUUCCGCGCUCCUACAGCCUUCAAGGCCGGCUUUAAUGUAGAGCACAACGUAAUGCCACCGCAUAACGAGCCCGCAUUGGAAAAAGUUAGGGUGGUGCCAGUCCGAAUCACCGCCAGAUAUAAUUUAUCACUUCGAAACAUCUAAAAUUGCUCAAAAAGCGGAAAUAAUUGAAUUGCGAGACCUCUUUCAGAAACAAAUGAAUGUCUUCUGGGCACUCACGAAUGUGAUCCACAUGCCGAAUGCAUUAAAACCAGGUCUGGAUACACUUGUCGAUGCAAUGCUGGCUUUGUUGACUCUUCAGUGGACAAGUUGCAUCAUCCAGGAAGGAGUUGCAAACAAGGUAUCAUCCGAUCAAAUCACGCACACAUCCCUUUCAGGUCACUCUUGUUUAAAUUCCGAUUGUGCUCCUGAGGCAGAAUGCCAUCCAUCAGCUACUGGCUACAACUGUCAGUGUGGAUCUGGUUAUGUAGAUGUUUCCCACCAACAUGGCCGUCCAGCUGGUCGAGUUUGCAGAGCUGUAAUCAACGAAUGUCAAGGGAAUAAACAUGAUUGUUCGAUGAAUGCUACUUGCAUUGACACCGCUGAUUCUUUUACUUGUCGAUGCAAGGAUGGCUUCAGAGAUGAUAGCCAGAAUCAGCAGGACAGACCUGGAAGAAUCUGCACCAAAAGUGAUUUAUUUAGUUAAAGAUAAUUAUUUUAUUAGUUACAUAACAUAAUGUAAUCCUGUUUUAGCUGAAUUACCCCCGGUUCCUGAGUGUAAUGUGAAUGAUCCUAUUAGUUGCGAUAAAUCCAAGCUGGAAGUUUGUUUAUUCCGAUCUGGAAAUUACAUUUGUGAUUGUCCCUCUGGCUAUGGAAGACUGCCAGAUGGUCGAUGUUUGGUUAUAAAUGAAUGCAGCGACAACAGACUCAACAAUUGUUCUCCGGAUGCUGAUUGUAUCGACCAAGUAAGUGAAGUAAUCUUGUUUUUACAUUUGAUUAUUAUUUUUAGUUAAUUUUAAUAUUUUAGGCCGAAGGAUUUUCAUGUCAAUGUAAAACCGGAUUUGCUGACAUUUCCCCUGAGGGUCAAGCUGGUCGAAUCUGCAAGAAAAGAGUAAAUGAAUGCAACACUCCUCGGGAAUUCAAUGUGGAUUGUGAUUCAAAUGCAGUUUGCGUGGACACAGAUGAAGGAUUUUCAUGUCGUUGUCGCCCCGGCUUUGCUGAUAUAUCAGAAGUUUUUAAUCGACUUCCUGGCCGUCAUUGUGUGGAGGCCAUCAAUGAAUGUCUCGAUGACAAGCUGAAUGACUGUUCAGAGAAUGCACUGUGCGAGGAUGUGAAGGAAGGAUAUCUUUGUUCUUGCAAGUCUGGCUUUAUUGAUGCCUCCAGUAAUAUAACCCAUUAUCCUGGAAGAGUUUGUGUCAAGCCGAAUGAAAAUUCCUUCGAACUUCACGAGAGUUUCUCCCACGAUUCUUGUGAUGUCGCUAAUCCAAAAUGUGGUCAAAAUGAAGCUUGCACGGAUCAGAAAACAAAAGGAGAAUUCGUUUGUGAAUGUGCCAAGGGUCAUUUCCGAUAUCAAGAUGGAACAUGCAGACUCCUCUCGGCCUGUGAAUCUCUUAAUACCUGUGAUAAGAAUGCUCUGUGUGUGAAUGUGUUGGAUAAUUAUGAUUGCCAGUGUCGUCCCGGAUAUUUUGAUAUCUCUCCAGACUCCGAGAAAGAGCCUGGACGGAAAUGCAAAGAAUGUAAGCAGAGUUACCGGGAAUGGAGAUUCUAAUUGACCCAUUUUUCAGUGGUCAAUGAGUGCGCGACCAACCUCCAUGACUGUUCCCCAUUCGCUGAGUGCUUGGAUGCAACGAAUGGCUACGCUUGCCAAUGUUCAGAGGGUUUCGUGGAUACGUCAUCACAAUUCGGUCUUUUACCUGGGAGAAAGUGCAGUAAUGGUAUGUUUUUAGGGGAGGGGAUUGCUUCUCAAGUCUUUUUUACAGUCAUAUCGUUUUUUCUGACGAUCACGGACGGAAAUCCGGCUUUUGUUUGUAGUUAUAGUAAAGAAGAGAAGGAGCGAAAGGGAACUGUCGAAUUUUAUUUCCCCAUAGAAUACUUCAAAGAAAGGGGAGUUGACCCAUCGUAACACACAUCUAUGUCGUGACUGUAAAGCUUCUUAUACAACCCUAGCAUUUGAAACCCCUUGUAAAAACUUGAAUUUAUGUUUUUACAGCCUCCAACGAGUGUAUCGACAAGUCCUUGAAUACCUGCGAUGAGAAUGCGGAUUGUAUAGACACCCCUGAGAGUUAUACAUGUCAGUGCAUCCCCGGUUACAUCGAUGUUUCCUCUUCUGCCAAUCUGCCACCAGGGCGAGUAUGCACUGUGCAGACGACUUGCCCCAAACAGAAGACUGACCUCGUAUUUUUGGUUGAUGGGUCCGGCUCUAUUGGAUCUUACGUCUUUAAACACGAAGUCCUGAGAUUUGUCAGAGAAUUUGUUGAAUUAUUUGAAAUUGGAUUGGAUAAGACAAGAGUCGGCUUCAUCCAGUACUCAGAUCAGAUCAGACAUGAAUUCGAUCUAAAUCAAUACACAAACAAAGACGAUCUUCUGAAGGCAAUUACAUCCACACAAUACCUGACUGGACUCACCAGGACUGGUGCAGCAAUCCAGCAUAUGGUGGUUGAAGGUUUUGCCGAACGAAGAGGGGCCCGUCCCAUUUCGAAAGACGUCAGCCGAGUCGCCAUUGUCAUCACCGAUGGCCGAAGUCAAGACAAUGUAACCCGACCUGCCCAGGACGCCAGAAAUGUAAAUGUGAACAUGUUUGCGAUUGGAGUGACCGAUCACGUGCUGGCUUCUGAGUUGGAGUCAAUUUCUGGGGCACCAAAUAGAUGGUUUUACGUGGAUCGUUUCAAGGAUUUGGACACUAGACUGAGAUCUCUGAUCCAAAAAGCUGCUUGUCCAACCCCUGAACCAGAACCAAAGAGUAACGGAAAGUGUAAUUCUUUGACUCAAAUUGGAUGUAAUCGAGCUCUGAAUGAGAUCUGUGUGGAUGAAAAGAGUGUGAGCAAGUGCAAGUGUGAUUCUGGAUUCCAAAGACAUCCAUUAACUCACAUUUGUGGCGGUGAGCUCUGCAAUCCUCAGAUCCCGACUUCUUGUCCCAAUCAGGAGAUCUGCGAGAAGACUCACUUCGGCAAUCAUCGAUGCAUCUGUCCUCCCAACUUUGCUCGAGAUAUGAGAUCCGGUGUUUGCUGUAAGUCAUUCCGUUUUUUUCUAACUUGUGUGAAUUACAGUAUCCACCAAAGAGAAGCCCCAAAAACCGAUCGAAAUUCUCCCUCAAGUGGAUUGUCAAGUAAAUGGAUGUUAUGGAGAAAAUGAGGAAUGCCGGAAGAGUUUUGGUGGCCAAUAUGAAUGUGAAUGCGGGCUUGGAUUCGAGAGAGAUCCCCACUCUGAUAAAUGCAUCAUCCCUGGUUCUUGUGAUCCUCUGAGUCCAAUCCCCUGCGAUGUGAGGAAGAACGAAAAGUGCCUUCUCCAUUCUUCUGGGCGAUAUCACACCUGCCAGUGCGCUUCUACCGAUAAACGUCACCCGGUCACCGAUAUCUGUCUUCGGAACGAGUGCUUGAUUGGAGAACAUGAUUGCGAUAUAAACGCCCGAUGUAUUGACACCGAUGACUCUUAUCUCUGUGCUUGUCCUUCUGGGUUUAUGGAUAAAUCUAUUGAUCCCAUCCGUCGUCCUGGUCGUCAUUGUGUGGCCGAGCAUAACGAAUGCCUCGAGGGUACCCAUAAUUGCUCUCCUGAUGCCGCCUGCACGGAUACCCCAGAAUCCUUUGUGUGUAGAUGCAAGCCCGGAUACAUUGAUUACUCGCCCAAUCCACAUAUUGCCCCAGGGCUUGUUUGUCGGAAACUGAUCAACGAAUGUUCCCGACCUGAACUAAACACUUGCCAUCCCAAUGCUGACUGUAUUGAUACGGCUGAUUCCUACAAAUGUAGAUGUAAGGAUGGAUUCCAAGAUCUGGAUGAGUUAAAAAAUCCUGGUAGAAAUUGCGAAAAAUUACAUCACAAUGAGAUGUGCACAACCGGAAGGCACACUUGUGACAAGAAUGCACGGUGCAUAGCCCAAGGGGAGAAUGAUUUCACUUGUUCCUGUCCUUCCGGCUUUAAAGAUAAAUCCCCAGAUCCAAUCCGACAGCCUGGAAGAGUCUGUAUUCCUUGUAAGUCUGAUUUUGUUGGAGCAUCUUGUUGAUCUGAUCGCUUUAAAUGAAUUACAUUUUUUUAGUGAUACCUGAGUGUGAUAAUCCGGCCUUGAAUGAUUGUGACUCCCCUGAUCGGGCGCUGUGUACUGAUACGGACGAAGGGUAUCUCUGUAGAUGUCGACAAGGAUUCUUAGACAUUUCGCCCAACAUUGCUCACAAACCUGGGCGAUUGUGCAAAAAACGUAUGUUCUAAAAAUGGUGGCCAAAUUUUAUUCCAAUUAUCUUUAGUCGAGAACGAAUGUGUAACUGGCAACAACGACUGUGCUCGGAAUGGUGGAAUCUGUGAAGAUACACCUGAUGGAUUCAACUGUAGAUGUGGAAUCAAUUAUUUGGAUGUCUCUCCAGAUCGCAGAAACCGACCAGGCCGUAAAUGUAAACGAUGUAAGUUCAUGUUUAAUUAGUCCUGUCUGUUGGCCGAUGCAAAAGAAAAUAAUAUUUUUUAUUCAGUGGUGGAUGAAUGUUCUACCGGCCAAAACGAUUGUUCCCCAGAGGCCACUUGCACUGACACUGAGGAUUCUUAUUUCUGUACUUGCCCGGCCAAUUUCAUCGACGUUUCUACUGAUACUGUCAACAAACCAGGCCGUCGAUGUCUGAAAAGUAAGUUUAAUCCACAGUUAAUUAGUUGUGAUUUGCAGUGAUCAACGAAUGUUCCGAGAAUAAACACGACUGUUCUCCUAAUGCCAAUUGCAUCGAUACUCCCGACUCUUUCCGUUGUGAAUGUCGCGAUGAUUUUGUGGAUGAAAGUGUGGAUCCGACAAGACCUGGAAGAAUCUGUCGUCCAGCUUUGGUGGAUGAAUGCCGUCUUGGAAAACACGAUUGUCAUCAGGAUGCUGUCUGUCAAGAUCUUCCGCAAGGGUACACUUGUCAAUGCAAACCUCAGUUUUUGGACGAAUCUCCGCAUCGAAUUACUCAUCCAGGACGUCUCUGUGUCCCCCGGCCAACCCCCAAACCUGCUGAAUGCAGGUUAGAUUCCACGGAAUCUUGUCGUUUGGAGUUGAAUGAGGUCUGUCGAAUCAUCAACGGCGAUCCGAAAUGCGAUUGUCCUAUGAAUUAUCAGAGGGAUAGUCAAACCAAGUCGUGCACAGUGAUCAACGAAUGUCUUUAUCCUCAACUCAACGAUUGUCAUCCCUCAGCUGAAUGUAGUGACAAGGUCAAUGGAUAUGAUUGCAAAUGUCGUUUUGGAUUCAAAGAUUUGAAUCCCAGUAAACCCGGCCGUUCUUGCCGUCCAUUGGUCAAUGAAUGUCAAUUCCCCCAUCUGAAUGACUGUCAUGUAAAUGCUCAAUGCAUCGACAAAGAAGAAGGAUACGAAUGUAAAUGUAAUGCCGGGUACAAGGAUCGCUCUGUCCAGUUACCUGGUCGAAGCUGUCAAUUAAUGAUCAACGAAUGCGAGAAGCCUUCGUUGAACUCUUGUGAUAAGAAUGCGAUCUGCACGGACCUUGAGGAUGGGUAUGAAUGUCAAUGUAAGAAUGGAUUCUACGAUGUGUCCCCAUCCAUGACUCUCCCUGGUCGCGCUUGUCGUCAACUGAUCAACGAAUGUUCCAGCGAGAAGUUGAAUGAUUGUGAUCGUACGGCCACCUGUACAGACACCAAGGAUUCAUACAUUUGUGAAUGUCCUCCCAAUUCCCGGGAUAUUUCCCCCAAUCCCACUUUCCCCGGUCGUGUGUGCUUAGUCCUGGAGAACGAAUGUGCUACAAGGAAGCACGACUGCGACCCCAAUGCCAUCUGUCAUGACAACGAGCAGUCAUUUACGUGUGAGUGUCCAGCUGGAUUCACCGAUCGAUCCCCCAAUAAACUCAGUCGCCCUGGCCGUUAUUGCGUUCAACUGGUUGAUGAAUGCAAAACUGGACGUCACACUUGCAGUCCUCAAGCCACCUGCAGAGACCUUGAAGAAGGAUAUACUUGCGAAUGUAAGGACGGAUAUGUUGACAGAUCUCCCAACCUCCUUACUCAGCCUGGAAGGGUUUGUGGAACGCCUGAAGUCUGUCCUUCUAAUCAUGAGUGCUCAAGUGCGGCUACUUGUGAGCCCUUGGGAGGCAACGAUUACAAGUGCACUUGUAUACAAGGAUAUCUCGACCAAUCCCCUGAGGGCACUGAAGGAAGAAUUUGCAUACGUAACAACGCCUGCAGAGAUUCACGAUUCAAUAAUUGCUCCAGAAACGCGAUUUGUUAUGACGAGCCGAAAGGAUAUAGAUGUGAAUGUAUUCGAGGAUUCAUCGACAAAUCCCCGUCCGGAUCCCAGAAAGGCCGAGUCUGCGAACCACCCCCGCCCCCUCCUCCACCUCCUCGACAUCCUUGUCAAGACCCUGCCCUCAAUGAUUGCCAUUCUACUGGUACCUGUCGCGCCACUGGUCCCACUUCUUACACUUGCCAAUGUCUUUCUGGUUAUGAAGAUCGCUCUCCAGAUGUCAGAUCGAAGCCUGGCCGAGUCUGUGUCCUCACCGAGCCUGUUUGUCUCGAUUCCAGCAAGAAUGAUUGUCAUCCAGCAGCUAUUUGUAGUGAAAGACAAGGAGCCGAUGGUUACACUUGUAGAUGUAGAGAUGGAUAUGUCGAUCAAAGUCCGGACAAGGUCGGAAGACCAGGAAGAAUAUGUGUGGAACAAGUAAACGAAUGUCUUGACAGAAGUUUGAAUGACUGUGAUCCUCUGGCUGUGUGUGAAGAUCUUCCAGAUGGUUAUACAUGCAGAUGUCCCUUGACUUCCAUCGAUCAGUCGCCUGAUAAGAACAGACCUGGAAGGAAAUGUUUUGCUCAAGUCAAUGAAUGCCUGAACCCAUCCAUGAAUAAUUGCUCCAGGUUCGCGAGCUGUAUCGACAAACCCACUGGAUAUGAAUGUAGAUGUAAAGAAGGUUACCAUGACAGUAAUCCUCUCCAUCCCGGCACAACUUGUCAUUACAUCAUCAAUGAAUGUGAAUCUCCAAAUUUGAAUGAUUGUGACAAACAUGCAAGCUGUGUUGAUCUGGCAGGAGGUUACACUUGCAAGUGUAAUUCCCCGUAUCAAGAUGAAGGAACUGCUGAAUUGCCUGGAAGGAUCUGUCGGUUCAACGAAUGCCUCUCCAAGUCAACCAACAAAUGUGAUAAACAUGCUGAUUGUCAAGACACUGCUGAUGGAUAUUACUGCACUUGUAGAGAUGGAUUCUACGACCAAUCUCCCAAUCCGCUAGAGCCUGGAAGAGUGUGUGUUGAGUUCAAAUUGGAUGACGAACCCAAGCAUGUGAGUGUAAAACCGGUCGAGAUCCUCCCCAGCAAAGACGUCACACCUUGUGGUCAUCAACAUUACUGCUCAAGAACUCUGAAUGAAGUCUGUGUGGGUGGAAGCAGCUGUGAAUGUAAACCAGGAGAAGCUCGAAGAUCUUCAGGAAGUAGGUGUCAAGCUGUGGACGAAACUGAACUCACCUUCCGAGUUGUCAGCCAAGGUCAGCGUCCACUGUUCUACAGCAGUGAAUACGGCUCAAACUCCAACGAAGCAUACAUCGAAGUCACCAAGGAGUUUCAACAGGACCUGAGCAAGGCUGUCGGCGGAACAUCGUAUGCUCCUCGAUAUGUGACCACGGAUGUAAAAUACAUUACCCAUCCGAAGACCUUGAAUAGUUCUUGGAACGAUGGAAUUAUUUUUGAAGCAUCGGUGGAUACAAUUGCCUCCAAGAAUAAGGUGGACAAAUGUGAUCUUUGGAAACAACUCAUGGACUCUGUUGGAAGAACGAAUGGCCAGAUUGGUGGGGGCAGACUUCAAGUGGCCGAUGACAUUUAUCUUCUUGAUCCUUGCUACGAACAACCAAUUGGCGAUCAUUGCGGAUCACAACAAUGUAACAGUCAGCUGGGGGAGGUCUGCAUUGCUGACUCGGUUUGCGGCUGCAUCAAUGGAGAGAAGAGAGCCAGUCCUAAGGACAAAUGUAGACCUGUCGAACAUUGGAGUAUCCCCAUGUGGGUUAUCAGAAGACAGCAAAAGAACCUCGUUUACAAUGAGAGCUUUGCCAAUCCUUUGGAUAACGUCCAUAAACAAUAUGCCAAAGGAUUUGAGAGUGGAGUCAUGCAGAGUUACCCUCACACUCCUCUUAACAAUGCUUUUGUCACCGCCGAAGUCAACGAAAUCAUGGAUCCGGCCAGAGUAAAUGCCAGCUGGGACAUGGGAAUCCUUUACAAUUGCACCAUGUACUUCCGAAAGGGAGCUGUCGAGAAUCCUCAUGAUGUCUACAGUAUGCUGGUUGAGUAUAUAAUCAACAGAAAUAAUUACCAAGUCGGACAGAGUGGACUCUACUUGAAUCCUUAUCAGCCAGAUCCAUUCAGUUCAUGUUAUCAAGUGAGUAUUUAUGUUUUAACAGCCUUGCUCAUACAUAUUAUUUUAGAACAAUUGUCAUCCCAAAGGCAUCUGUGUGGAGACGGGUCUUCAUUCCUAUAGAUGCGAGUGUUCCUCUGGAUAUAGAGAUCUUAAUCCCAUUGAUCCUGGCCAUCGAUGUCUCCCCAAUCAUGGCUACAACGAAUGCGAAAGGCCCGAAGAUAACGAAUGUUCGGAGAACGCCAGAUGUAUUGAUCUUGACCAUCUCUACAAAUGUGAAUGCAAUCCUGGAUUUACUGACGCUGCUCCCAAAGGUGGUAUUCCAGGCUCUAUUUGUGUUUUGGAUUACUGUAGUGACGUCAGCUAUUGUCCAAACAACUCGACUUGUGUCAAUCUGGAACAACAAGCAGAAUGUGAAUGUAAUAAUGGAUUUGUGGACAUCAGACAUAGUGAGAGUCGGAUGAGUAUGGGAAUGAGUGCCGACACGCUCUGUCUCAGCCUCAGGGAUGUGGAUGAGUGUGCUCUUGGACUGACCAACUGUUCCGGAGUCGCUGAAUGCACGAAUUUACCUUUGGGAUACUCCUGUAAAUGCCCCAAGAAUUUCAUUGAUGGUAAUCCAGCUGAACCAGGUACUAUCUGUGCUGCGCUAUUGUGUGAUAUGUGUAAUCAACAUGGAGAUUGUGUUCACAAUGCUCUGACCAAGAAUGUGACUUGUGAAUGUGCUGAUGGAUGGACUGGUGAGUUCUGUGAAGUCGCCGCUUCCAGUGUCCCCUUGAUUUUACUCAUCCUGCUCGCCCUGUUGUUCUUGUUACUGACGCUAUGGUAAGUCUCAGUAACCCAAAAAAUGUGCAAAAAUGUCUUUAUUUUUAGUUGUCUGCUCUACUUGUGUACCAAAUGCCAUUGCUUCAAACGUUACCGCGAUCCAUUAACGGCCUACCGCGGAGGUUUCUUUCCUUGGAAUACCCUCGACCAUUCAACUUCCAGUGAAAGUGGAGCUGACUUCAGUGCCUUCUCAGCUGCUGGAGAUCUCUACCAUCACGAUCUUGGUAUUCCUCGACCCAAACUCAAAUCCUCCGGAUCUUCUCAUCAUGUUCUCGAGGCCUCAAGUCAGGAAGCCAAUGCCCAUGCUCUCCAUGAUUAUCUCGGAGAAGGUCUCAGAAUUCCGCGAGCUCGUCUUGGAGACACUUCAUCUCUUGGGUCUGGAUCCAGUGAAUACACCAUCAGAGAAGAGAUCGAACGUCGGGUUGUCACAGAUAUUACAACUACUGAAUUAACCACAAAGAUCGAAGAAGAAGCCAGCUCAGAAGAGGUUGUAGAGACCAAAGAAACCUCAGAAAUCCAAAGGUUUGGAGGUGAGAGCUCACAUUCAGAAGGCCUGAAGACAGAAGGCGCUAAAUCAUCUACAUAUCAAAGUUCUGGGACUACCUUUGCCGGAAGUGUAAGUAACUCUCAGAAAAAUGUAAUUCUUGCGACAGGUGACCAUGAGGGAGAACGGAGCCGAUGAACAGGAACGCGGAGAGAGCGUCGCCGAGUUCUCCAACGGCCACACCAAAGAAUGGCGGUCCCAAUACAAAUCGGGUGACUACAAACACAUGCAAUUAUGA